AUGGCGUCCCUGGGGCUGCUACUCUGUCUGCUCGCCGCCGCGCACCUGGCCAGAGCCCGAGAGGCCACGCCCACCGAGGGGCCCACGGCAGAGGUGCAUGGCCAGCCCUCACCCACGCUGGAGGGCUGGGAAGAUGCCAGCGAGUGGACGUCCUGGUUCAAUGUGGACCACCCGGGAGGAGAUGGCGACUUCGAGAGUCUGGCUGCCAUCCGCUUCUACUACGGGCCAGCUCGCGUGUGCGCGCGGCCGCUAGCGCUCGAGGCGCGUACCACGGACUGGGCGCUGCCGGCCGCCGUUGGCGAGCGCGUGCACGCCAGCCCCGCGCGCGGCUUCUGGUGCCUCAACCGCGAGCAGCCGCGAGGUCGCCGCUGCUCAAACUACCACGUGCGCUUCCGCUGCCCACUCGAGCCUGCGUGGGGCGCAUGGGGUCCCUGGGGUUCCUGUUCCAAGAGCUGUGGGCUGGGCCGCCGCCUGCGCAGCCGCAGCUGCUUGGCCCCGGCGGGGGACAAGUGUUCUGGGCGAGGACAGGAGGGGCAGAAGUGUGCGUGGUCACCGUGCCCAGGCUGCAGUUCUGACUCCUGUGGGUGCCCUGACCACAUCCUUCUGGGCUCCGUGGUCACCACCUCUGGGCGACCACUGUUGGGAGCCAGGGUCUCCCUGGGAGCAGGACCUGGCACUGUAGCCACCACUGAUGCCCACGGAACUUUCCGGGUGCCUGGAGUCUGUGCUAGAAGCCAGGCCAACAUCAGCGCCCAGCUGGAUGGCUUCUCUGCUGGCCUGGCCCGGGCCACAGCCAACAGUUCCACCUCCGCAGUCGUCACCAUUGUCCUUGAUAAGCUAGGGAAGCCCUACUUGAUGAAGCACCCUGAGUCCCAAGUUCGGGAAGUUGGACAGAAUGUCACAUUCUGCUGCAAAGCCUCGGGGACACUGACACCCAGCAAAUACUGGUGGUUCCACAACGGGACCCUGCUGGACCGGCACCAGCACGGGUACGGGGCGCACCUGGAGCUGCACGGGCUGCGCCAGAACCAGAGCGGCGUCUACCACUGCAAGGCCUCCAGCGAGGCGGGCGCGGUGCGCUCCCGCAGCGCCCAGCUCACCGUGCUGGCUCCUGGCCAGCCGGCCUGCGACCCUCAGCCCCACGAGCACCUCAUCCAGCUCCCCGAAGGCUGCAGCAUGCCUGGCGCCGGCGGCCCCUCGUACCUGGACGUGGGUCGGUGUGCCGACAGCCUGUGUCCCGGGCCUGCGGGCAUGGGAUGUGGGGCCGCGGGCUCCCGCUGUUGCUCCGUCAGCCGCCUGGAAGGCCGGCGAGUGCCGUGUGCGGGCUAUGAGCUGCCGGUGCAGGUGGUGGUGCAGUGUGGGUGCCGCGCGUGCCCGGCGCCCCGCGGCCUGGUGCGCGGCCGCGUGCUGGCGGAAGACUCGGGGGAGCCGCUGCGUUUCGCCCGCAUCCUGGUGGGCCGUGAGCCUGCAGGCUUCACCUCAGCCCAGGGCGCCUUCACCCUGGAGGUGCCCGCCUCCACCGAGAGGCUGGUGGUGACUUUUGUGGACGCGGGUGGCAAGUUCAUGGACGCCGUGCGCGUGCUGCCCUUCGACGCGCGCGGCGCAGGCGUGUACCACGAGGUGCGGGCGCUGCGCAAGGCACCCGCGGUGCUGCUGGACGCGCGCCAGGGCCACCGCCUGGCGCUGGGCGGCCAGCGGGGCCGCGCGGCGCUCGGGGAGCUGGUGCUGCCGCCCGGCGCCUUCCGCCGCGCCGACGGCCGGCCGUACGUGGGGCCGGUGGAGGCUAGCGUCACCUUCGUGGACCCUCGCGACCUGGCGUCGGCGGCCGCGGCGCCCAGCGACCUGCGCUUCGUGGACAGCGACGGCGAGCUGGCGCCGCUGCGCACCUAUGGUAUGUUCGCCGUGGACCUGCGCGCCCCCGGUGCAGCCGAGCAGCUGCACGCGGGGCCAGUGUCCGUGCGGGUGGCGGCGGCACACGUGCGCAUGGCGGGGCACGCGGAGGCGCUCCAGCUGUGGUCGCUGGAGCCCGGGACGGGGCUGUGGGAGGAGGAGGCGGCGAUGCGCGGUGCAGGCGCGGUAGGGCGACGUCGGCGUCGCGAGGAGCGCGCCUUCCUAGUGGGCCACGUGCAGCUGCGCGAGCGGCGCCUCUUCAACCUGGACGUGCCCGAGCGGCGCCGCUGCUUCGUCAAGGUGCGCGCCUACGCCACCGACAAGUUCGUGCCCAGCGAGCAGGUGCGGGGCGUGGUGGUCACGCUGGUCAACUUGGAGCCCGCGCCGGGCUUCACCGCCAACCCGCGCGCCUGGGGCCGCUUCGACAGCGCCGUCACUGGGCCUGACGGCGCCUGCCUGCCCGCCUUCUGCGACGCCGAGCGGCCCGACGCCUACACGGCGCUGGUCACCGCCACACUGGGCGGCGAGGAGCUGGAGCCCGCGCCCUCGCGUCCGGUCCCGCGGCCCGUCGUGGUCGGCGUCCCUGAGCCCUACCUGGGCCGCCUCGGCUACCGCCGCACCGACCACGACGACCCCGCCGCCAAGCGAAACGGCUUCCGCGUGAACUUGGCCCGGCCGAGGCUCGAGGAGCCGGGCGAGGCGCGCGGCCCGCUGUACCCGUGGCGCGCGCUGCGCCAGUGCCAGGAGGCGCCGGUGACCGACGCGCAUUUCCGGUUCUCGCGCGUGGAGGCCGACCGCUUCGAAUUCAACGUGGUGCCCUUCCGCGAGGACGCGCCCGCCUCGUGGACGCGCCACCGCCUGGCCUGGUGGCCCAACCCGCAGGAGUUCCGCGCCUGCUUCCUCAAGGUGCGCCUGCGCGGUCCGCAGGAGUACGUGGUGCGCGCGCACAGCGCGGGGGGCACACACCCGGACACGCGUGGCCGCCUCUACGGCCUGCGCGACUCCCGCAGCGUGCGCGACCCCGGCCGGCCCGGCGUCUCGGCCGCCUGCCUCGAGUUCAAGUGCGGCGGCAUGCUGGUAGACAGGCGCCGGCCCGACCGCACGCGCGUCACCGUCACACCGCAGGGCAGCUGCCGCCGCGUGGCCGUCAACGCGCUCCUGCGGGACUACCUGGGCCGGCACCCACCGCCCGACCCCGCUGAUGAGCCGGCCGACGACCCCGCCGCCUUCUCCAUGCUGGCGCCGCUCGACCCGCUGGGCCACAACUACGGUGUCUACACCGUCACCGACCAGAGCCCCCACCUUGCCAAGGAGAUCGCUAUCGGCCGCUGCUUCGAUGGCUCCUCCGACGGCUUCUCCAGGGAGAUGCGGGCGGAUGCGGGCGCCGCCGUUACCUUCCAGUGCCUCGAGCCGCCCGCCAGGCCCAGCCUCUUCCAGCGGCUGCUGGAGGCUCCGGCCUCGGCGCUGGCCGACGUCCGCAGGGACAUGGGGGAGGCGGCCCGGGCGCCGCCUCUGCCGACUGGGGCCUCCCCGGGCCCUGGGGACCAGUGA